CGGUCAACUUGUAAUACAAACUGACAUCUGUGAAACACUUCUGUUUGAUUUCUCAGCUCACUUUCGGUAUUUAAAGACAUUAAAACUAUAUUCAACCUGCUAAAGGAAGGGGUAGAGGGUGAAUGUUGUUUGCACCUGAAACCAAAUUGGUUCACAUAAUGAUAAACAGCAACAGCCAUUUACAUCACCAACUAGCUCUAUGUGUAACGUUAACAUAAAGAAAUGAUGAGGUAAAGGUUUGAGGUCAGAUUAAACUCCUGAAUGCUAAGCUGUACCAGAGCCAGAAGUGCAGCUUUACUGGACGUUUCUAUUGGAGAAAUGCACAACACAAUGAAGAGUUUUUCACAAAGCAACUCCAAACAGAACGAAGUGACCACACAACUCAAAAUACAUGUUACGGAAAUCAUUUAGAAACCUUUCAUUAGUAAAUCAAAUUUCUUAAAUGCCCCUGUAAACAAGAAACAUGGUUCUUGAUCGAGUCUAAAUAUUGAUCAAACUAAACAGCAUUCAUAGUUGGAAGAUAAAACAAAAAAGUGAAUAAUUCAUUGGGAGUUGACGGUCCCAUUAGAUGUGACAGAGGUGACUGUCAUUCCACCAGACUGUGGUAGAAUAUUUAGGUGUGGGGAGGUUGUGGAGUUGGUGAAUUGGACAGUAAACGAUGGCCGAAUAGAAGUAUCGCUGCCACAUCAUGUCAAAGUACAAUCACUUGAAAAGGGGAAAGAAAAAAAAAAAUCAUACUGUACGAUCAAAAGUCACUGCACAAUGAGGAUUGUAAUAACAAUGGUGGAAUAAUGAGAAGUGCAAUAACCUGUAGAACUGACGCCAAACAGAGCGCAGCCUUUAAUUAACAUUAAACACACAAAUUAUAUGUAGAAAUUGUGUUUUGUUAAAUGUUAAGACAAUUAAUCAUUGUUUUUUUUUUUGUUUGUUUGUUUGUUUGUUUUUGCUUCAAUGCACAGCAAUACUCAUCCACAAUCUUUCUUUCUCUUUCUCUUUCACACACACACACCAGUCUGUGUCCAAACCCCCCCACACACAGUAAAAGGGAGCAGUCAGGGGUCUGCAGACGGAUAUGGGGGGAGGACUGGCUGUAACCAGAUUCCCUUUAUCCUGCUUCUCCCUGUGGGUGUCUGUUGGGAGGAGGGAGGGUGUUCAUGAGAGCCAGCUUGUGUCAGGCAGCGCUCGCUUUAACGCGUGUCUGUGGAGUCUCCAUGUGAGCGAAUGUUUGUGUUCGUAUACACGUAAAAAAAAAAAAAUUAAAUAAAAAUGUGUACGGAGAGCUCAACCGUUAAUUAACUGAAGUAGCGCGCGACACAAACGGGAUUACAGGAGCAACAGUGAGGAGCGAAGGAAAGGAACCGUCUGAAACUAGCUACACACAGUCAUGGCACUGUGUGGAGCCAAGGGACUGCGUUUCUUGGGGCCCAACGUGUACCCAGAGGCUCCUGAUGGAGGCUGGGGAUGGGUGGUGGCUGUGGCCUUCUUCUUGGUGGAGGUUUUCACUUAUGGCACCAUCAAGAUCUUUGGCAUCUUCCUCCAGGACCUGAUGGAGGAAUUUGGAGAGACCAACAGUCGAGUCUCGUGGAUUGUUUCCAUCUGCGUGUUUGUGAUGACUUUCAAUGGGCCUCUCUCCUCUGUGAUGACAAACCGCUUUGGGUUCCAACUUGUCGUCAUGAUUGGAGGAUUGCUUAUUUCCACGGGUACCAUCGCCACCAGCUUUACCAACUCCAUCAAUCAAAUGUACAUCACCUAUGGAUUAGUUGCAGGUCUGGGCUACUGUCUGACCUUCCUUCCCACUGUGACCAUCCUUUCCAAAUACUUCAGUCGUCGACGGGCUCUGGUCACAGCCGUGGCUUCCAUGGGAGAGUCCCUGUCCAUGUUUGCCCUGGCGCCAGCCUUUUCUGCACUGAGGGACCAUAUUGGCUGGCGAAAUACCAUGGCAGUGAUAGGAGCUUUGCAGAGCUCCAUCAUCAUCUGUGGCGUUCUGCUUCGGCCAAUCAUUUUAAAACCCAGAGCGUCCCACGAGACAGAGACUGACAGAUUGUCCUCAAGGGAACUGGAUGUCCUCAGUGCACAGGAGAAUGUAGAGGACAUAAAUCCAGAGGACUCUAUGAUGAACAAGACCUCACAUGCACCAAAUACCUCAUCCAGUCUGGACAAUGAGCCAACCAGAGGCUCUUUGAGCACCGGAGACUCUGGUGUUCAGUCUCUAAAGGACACAGAUGACAGCAGCCCAGAGGAGAAGACUUUACUGCACAAAGAAGCAAGUUCAGAGACGGAGCAGAAAUUUGCGGAAAGCAGUAAGGCAGAGAUUAGAGAACCUGAAACUGAGGAGGGGAAAAAGAAGAAAGACGCAGAGAAACAAGGGAUGAAAGAUGAGGACAAUAAAUCGCGGGAUGAAAGUCUAUCUGCAAAGAAUUCAAAACUUCUAGAUUUCUCCAUCCUCAGAGAGUGCAGCUUCAUUUUAUAUUCUCUGUUUGGGCUGUUUGCCACACUCGGCUUCUUCGCCCCUCAACUCUACAUCAUUGAGCUGAGUGUGAGUCGCGGCGUGGAGCGGGACAGUGCCACCUACAUGCUCUCCACCAUGGCUGUGGCUGAAAUCUUAGGUCGAUUCUCCAUUGGAUGGAUCCUGACACGUAAGCAGUUCAGGAAGAAGAAACUGCUUGUUCUUCUGGCAUGUGUAAUCAUAAUGACUGCGGAUCUGGUGGGAUUUACUUUGGUUACGGAGUUCUAUGGCCUGGCUGUGUGCUGCGCUUUGUAUGGCUUCUUUAUGGGGACACUAGCAUGCACCCACAUCCCCAUGCUGGCUGAGGAUGAUGUGGUGGGCAUAGAUAGGAUGUCUUCGGCUGCUGGGGUCUACGUGUUCAUACAUAGCUUUGCUGGGCUGGCUGGACCCCCACUUGGAGGUGUGCUGGUGGAUGUCACUAAGAACUACGGAUCAGCCUUCUACUCGUGCGCAAUCGGCAUGGCUCUGAGUGCCGUGUUCCUGGGUUUGGUAAAACCUGCUAAGAGAGGAUUACUCUGUAGGAAGAGAAACUCAAAACAACCUGAAGACAUAGCUGAAAGGAAUGAGGACUCAGAGGAACAGAGUGGAGAGCAUAAACUGGACAGAACUGACGGUCCUCAUGAUUGCGCUAAAGCAGAAGUCAUCUUGGAUCGCAACCAUGCAGGUGCCACAAGAGAUGUCCAGGAGGUUAUACGAUUUGCUUGAGUUGAUAACGCAGGAUAAGGGUAAUAAAAGGGUCAAGCCACACAGUGGAUAAAAAGCUAUUGAAAGACUACUGCUACCAGAGAGCUGAAGUGACACGAAUACAAUGAAGAAGACCAUUAUUAAGUGUUUAACAUAUGCCUCUGUAGAUCUGGUUUUCUGAGAGCAAUCUUGGGAACCUUUGGAUCACAAUAUGUAUGUAGCACUCUUGCCUUACAUACCCAAUGUACCAAACAGUGUUUUUACCAGAAUCAGUACUGUUAAAAUUCAAAAGAGUGACUAGCUUUUGAUGUCAUCCUGUUUUAACAGACAGUGGUAUGAAAUAUUGCUGAAAGGUAUGGACCUGUUCAAAAUGGACCACGAGUGAUGCAGUGUCUUAAUGGAGGUGCCUUUAGAUGUUCCAGAGAGAAGAUGCACCGAUUUAACACUGAUAAACUAAUUACCGACUGGCGAUCAAUACUGUAAUGAAAGCCAGAAAAACUGUGAACCAAAUGUAGCUGCACGAACACUAAAUUGCACAGAUCCUGUAACACCUGUUAUAGAGAAUGCAUAAAGCUCAGGAGUAUGUGAUUAAAACUUUAUUUUUAAUCAAACUGUCGCCAAGCUGACAAUGCACUGUGAUAUGAGAUGUCAGACUCAAACUAUUUUUGUAAUGAAAAUGUGUUCAAUCACAAUAAAGAAACAGUGACUUGAGCCUGUGAA